AGAGAAAAGCGAGUUGGCCGAAGAUCUGGAAGGGUGUCUGGCGAAGUGUGAUUUGAAUAUGAAGAAGAGAAUAGAUACCCUAAAACGAAAGACCGAAGAAUUGAGUAAAUUGAAAGAGAAAGUUUUGGAAUGUAAAUGUAUAGUACCAGUCGAUGCUCCCGUCCAAGUGAAGAGAACGCCUUCCUUUGCUGCACUUUGCCAGUGCCGGCCUGAAGAAAACUUUCUUGAUUCCUGCUCGUGUACUUCACUUCGAACUACUUUAUUAUUGAACAUGCUAGCCGAUUUGUUCGGAGGGCUACAGUCAGAGCUCGAAUUCACCGGCAGCACUAUGCCCUGUCAACUACUCAAAUGCCUCGAAGACGGUCACAAUUGGGACAGCAGCAGUAUUGUUAAGACGAACCUGAGAAACUUUUUCUCGAAGCUGCUUAUUGCCGAACUGGAUAUUGCGAUUGCGACGGCCAUCGAGAACUAUCAUGCUAGAUGGGUAGGAGCUUCGUGUGCAGAUGUCGUCGCCAGAUCGAUUCCUGAUCUCGGUGAUGAGAGCUACAAUUGGCAGCAAAAGGCCAUAGAGCGUAGAGCGCUGACACUUGCCAAUGAGAUGGCCGAACAAAUGGUCCAAAGUAGAGCUGAAGAACUUUUACGUCAUACUAAAGAAGUUCUCAAAACAUCAGAACCGCCGCCAUGCGAGUGCAAGCCGCCACCAAAUUCUG